GAGUCAUUCAUUAAAAAAUCCUAAGCCGGACGUUGAUCUCGACCGCCGUCUGGAAUUCCAGUCCACUUUGUAGCAGCGAAAUGCUGCCCCUGCCAAAAGUUGCAUAUGUUACUUCGCGUGUCGUAACUACCUUUGGACAAAAUCCAACAAUUCGAAAUGCCCUCCAUCUCCAGCCUUCUCCUUCAUCGUCCUCUAAAACUAGUUCACCGGGCAGCAACUAUUUCCAGCAAAACAAAGGUUCGAGUAAGCCCCUCUAUAACUUUUUCGACCAAGCUAGUGGUGGAUCGAAGGGCAGCCGAUUCACCCAUGGCUACCUUGGCGCUUCACGGGUAGUGACCCAGGUUCAGCCAGUCAUUGUCAAUGAUACGAGCUAUACGCAAAGUGAUGACUCUGAGGAAGUUGUCACUAUCAAGCAUGUUUCUCCUCGUCAGCCACAGGCUAGGCGCUAUAGAAGUCACAGCCUGUCAUACACACCACAAGAAGCUGCACAAAAAUUGAGCGUUCUUUCCACCGUUCAAUUACAUGCUCGCUCGAAGCAUGCUUUUACUCAGGCAUUGACUACGGACGAUAUCGUACCUGAUUUGGCUGAUUCUGCUCCUUCUACUCCUCCUUUGGCGCGUCGAAACUCGACAGCGAGCGUCACCCGUCCGGACACCCCUCCAAUCGAUACGUUGCCACCUCCACUUCCUGUGCCUGAAACUUUGCCGCCUAUCGUAAAUCAGACCGACAACCUACACAACACCCAUACUUCUCAAUCCUCAGACCACUAUCGCGCAUUCGUUCAUGCGCGCUCAUCUGGUGAUCAUGAAGUUGCUUUGCUCGCUGUCAACAACUUUCGUGCUGCUCUCGCUGCCAAAUUGGUCGACCCUUCCAUCUACGAAUUUAAUGCUGCUCUGGAGGCUUUGUAUCAUACUCGCCCCCGAGGUUCGCCCUUGGCGGAUAUUCAGGAUCUUUAUAACUCUAUGAUCAGUCUAGGCAUUCAUCCCAACGUUCGUACUCAUAUCACCCUCAUCUUGGCUCAUUGCGACCGCGAUCAUGAAGUUGUGUGGGCCUUGAACGGUAUUGAACAGAAACUGAAGAGCCAGAGGAUCCUCAAUCCCUCUGCAGAAUAUUCUCUUUCGUCAGAAGAUCAAGCCCGAAAAGAUGCUCUAGAAAAGGAAAACAAUUUUGCUUCAGCAGUGUCUCUUUUCCAGAUUCUUCGUACUAUGCCUCACAAGGAACAUCUCCAAAUACAGUUAUUCAGUAGCCUUUUGAGCUGCUGUGCCCACUAUGGUGCUGUCGAUAUUGCCAUUAUGGUCUGGGAGAUCGUCGAACAACAUUCCUUGCAGCCCUCUGCCGUCCUUUACAAAUCCAUGAUACAAACAUUUGCUCGAGUAGGCGAACUCAAUGCUGCAGAAGAUGUAUUUGCCGAUUUUCGAGAACAAUCAGCAGCCGGUAGAAUUGCAUGGGGCUCCUCAGGGUCUCAACCUUCUUCCCGUGCUGCUGUUCGCAUCUGGAACGUUAUGAUGGAGGCGUACUUCAAGUGUGGUAAACCUGAUAUGGCAGUUGGACUUUUGCAAGAAAUGUUGGAACCUCGCCAGUCGGAAGCUAAUGCGGAUACUCGGCCUGAGCUACCUUCUCCUGCUCCAUCUACGUACACCACAAUCAUAGCCGGGUUCUGUAAUUCAGGUGACUAUCAGAGUGCGAUGACCUGGUUCAACACCCUUGUGACACAAUCCUCUUCCCCUGGCUUUUCCUUCGAUCCUUCUCCUCUGCCUUCACGUCCCGAUGCUCUUGCGUACCGAGUGCUUCUUGAAACACUAUCUCAGAGAACGGACGCGCUCCCGGAAAUGAACGCGGUCUGGUCUAAAUUGUUAGAAUUUUCUGCUCAGGAUGGUAUCGAAAUCAGGCUGCUCGAUAGGUGCUACGUUGCUCAAACCAAUCUGGCUGCGGUUCGCUCUCUUCUAACUGCUGUUAGCGGGGAAGCGUUAUCAGGGGAAUGCUUAAAGGAAUGCUCUGAGCAUCUCGCAGUCGCUCAAUCAACAGUCCUCUCACAAUCUCCCAUUUCAACCUACGUAGCCGGGAUCUGGGAGGCCUAUUUUGAUUUAGGUUUGCCUACACACGCAAUGGACUUCGCAAUGCCAUUAUUCAAUCAACAGACGUCUAUUUCUCCCGGAUUCCGCGCGCAUCUCACCCACUUUGCUCAGCUAGCAGCUGCACAAAACUGGGAAAAAUGUUCAAGUGGCUUGGUUUCUUUUGGAUACGCAAUUGCUCUCAUCAAUCUCAUGUACCGAUCUCGAAUGGAAGUUCAUCCUCGUCUUCACCUCUAUCUCAUGCAGCAGUACUACUACGCUCGGGAACAAUCUAUGACCAAGAUGGAGCUUUCGCACAAGCAACUGAAAGCGCUUUGCGUUGCAGGAGCUACGUUGGAGAUGGUUGAGCCUCACCACCGGCCGAAUUUUGCAGGACUAGUGCCUCUCUUGGAAGACCUUGUGCAACAGAAGUACAAUAUCAGUCAACCCUUGGGAGAACACGACGUUAGACAGCAUGUAUUUAGCGCCCUCAUGUAUGAUCGGUCGGCCUAUCAAGUGAAGUCUUUAAUUGGAGAGCUUGGCCUUGAAACUGUAUUCAAGACCUACCUGGAUACAACAGAACCUGCAGCUGCUACACCAUCUCCGUCCAUUGCUCUCUCUCCAAUUUCUGAUAAUGACUUCUCAGAGGCGGAACCGGAUACUCCUCUUACAAAUCCGUCGAUUUCUUCUGAUGAUCUUUCCCGUCCGACACCGCAAAACUUAGUAUAUGGACUGAAAAAUGGCGGGACCCCAAAACCGCUCACCAUUGACAGAGAGGUGACCCGGAAGGCAGACAGAGUUUUACUCGAAAGUCCUGAGGUUAUGUGGGACUUCUUUACCCGAAACCUGGGGAAGGGAAAAGUUCCUGCUCCUUACACGCUUUCGCGCCUUUGUCAAGUUUUUGGACGAGCUAAAGAUGUCGAAAAGGUUAAGGUUAUAUACAACGUGGCACAAUCAGUCCUUGCAUCUAUGGAAUCCAACAAGCAAUUGCAAUCGGAUGCCUGGUUCCUCUUCGAGGAUGGUAUGAUCAUCGCUAUGGCGCAAGCCGGAGAGAUCGACGCAGCUCAUGUGCACCGACAGCGUAUCCUCGAACAAGGCGGUGCUCCCUCUGCUGACGCUUACGGUGGAUUGAUCCUCAAUGUGAAGGACACGACCGAUGACACCAGCAAUGCCAUGGCGCUGUUCAACGAAUCCCAAUCGCUUCAUGUCGUUCCCAAUCAUUAUCUCUAUAACAACAUUAUCUCUAAGCUGGCCAAGGCUCGUAAAGCCGACGCCGCCUUGGAUUUAUUUACACGCAUGAAGGCGUCGGGGAUCGCCCCUUCUUCGAUUACUUAUGGCGCUGUGAUUGGAGCUUGUGCGAGAGUGGGUGAUGCUGCGUCAGCGGAGGCCCUCUACGCGGAAAUGGUAUCAGUUCCCAAUUUCAAACCAAGGAUUCCGCCGUUCAAUACCAUGAUGCAGCUUUACACCACGACGAAGCCCAAUAGAGACAGAGCCCUUUUCUUCUAUCAUGAAUUAUUGAAGUAUAAUGUUCAUCCCACAUCGUACACGUACAAGCUACUCAUGGAGGCAUAUGCUCUUGAGCCUCUCGAUAUACCCCGAAUGGAGGCAGUAUUCCAGGAGCUUACUGACAAUCACCGAGUAGAACUGCAAGGCACUCAUUUCGCCACUUUGAUCAACGCGUACGGUUGCGUCGCCAAGGACCUAGACAAAGCCCUCGCCGCGUACGAUUAUGUUUUCCAUCACCCUCGCAAACCAGUAAUCGAUGCACUUGUUUUCGAGGCUAUUGCCAAUGUUUGCGUCGCUCACCGACGCAUCGAUCUUAUGCCUCAAUUCGUCACCAAAAUGAGCGAAGUAGGAGUUCAUAUGACUGCGUACAUCGUCAAUGUGAUGAUCAAAGGCUUCGCCGCAGUAGGAGACAUCGCAAGUGCAAGGGAACUGUUUGAAAGCCUGGUUGAUCCACCAGAAGGUAUCGCUGCGCUACAUAAUCAUGCGCCCCAUGAGCCUUCCAAAAUGCCAUCUGUUAAUCCCAUGGAGCCUGUGUUUCGAGAGCCUUCGACCUGGGAAGCUAUGGUACGGGCUGAACUCGGUUCUGGAACUCGAGAUCGUGCAGUAGCUUUAAUAGAGAGGUUGGAAUCCAGGAAAUACCCUGAAGCUGUGGUCAGUCGAAUACGGGGCAUCCUAAUUGAUCAUUCUCAAGUAUUAUGAAUGCGUUUUUUGCUUAUUAUCUACAUACCGUUCGCUCUUUCCUUACAUUAGUGUAUCAUAACC